CAUCCUAGGAAAAACAUGUCGCGAAAAAGGAGGGUGAAGAUUGUUCAUUUGGUUGUAAUCUGCAAUCUCACCGCUGGAUGCCACUAAAUCCUAAACACUGGUCCUUUAACAGGCGAAGUUAAAGAAGAAACCUUGAGAGCAACGUCCUGUCAGUCUUCAUUUCAGCCAAUAACCGUGUCCGUCCUCUGGCGGAGAAAGCCGGCCACACACGGAGAGGCGGCCCGGCGGCUACCACCUCUCUUGCUAACUUACCGGGUGAGCAUCACCGUGAUCCUGAGCCGUUAACGUUAACCGGGAGUCAGGACAUUCAACCGGAUGCCUCUAUGAUCCAGCUAGCACUACAGCGCGAUAUACAGUGUUCAGUUUGCACAAGAGGUGAGCCAUGGCUGAACCGAACGCCUCCCGUCCCCAGAGGAAGAUGUCCACGGCUGGGGAGAGUGUGUACAAGGUGUUAGGGCUGGAGAAAGGAGCCACGGCCGAGGACAUCAAGAAAGCUUACAGGAAACUAGCGCUGAAGUAUCACCCGGAUAAGAACCCCGACAACCCGGAGGCAGCGGAGAAGUUUAAGGAGAUUAACAACGCCAACUCGAUUUUAAACGAUGAGACCAAGAGGAAGAUUUAUGACGAGUACGGCUCCAUGGGCCUUUACGUGUCCGAGCAGUUCGGAGAGGAAAGCGUCAAAUAUUACUUCCUCAUGUCCAAAUGGUGGUUUAAGGCUCUGGUGGUUUGUUGUACGUUGUUCAGCUGCUGCUGCUGUUGCUGCUGCUGUUGUUUCUGUUGUGGGAAAUGCAAACCGCCCGACGACGAUGAAAACUACCAAUACGUGGACCCUGAAGACCUGGAGGCUCAGAUCAAAGCGGAGCAGGACGGAGGUAACACAGUAAUCAUAGGCCAGCCCACAUCUAAUCUGGGUCCAGAAAGCCCAGAAGGCCAAAGUCAGCAGCCCAUCCCCCUGCCCAUGCCCAUGCCUCCACCUGAGCCCCAGUCUGCGACCUCCACCAGUCCAGCAGGGGAAGAAAACCCCGGAGAGACCUUACCAGAGUCGAAAUGACUCGAAAGUGACAGUGUGGACGAGCCUCAACUAGCGGACGCAGGCAGUCGAGCCCCCUUUAUGAUCCAGCCACAUCCGACUGCUGCCAGCGACCCAGAGAUCAACCAGCCCAAAGCCACCAGCCAGCCCAGGCCCUGAUCCUGACCAACCCCCCCCCCCACCUACCCACCCACCCAGUCAACCUACCUGAUCUGCCCACUGGACAACACCUGUAAGGUGGGCACUUGAGGGCUCAUAGCCCGCCUCCAUGGAACUCAAGUUAUGGAGGAUUAUUCAUGCAAAUUAAUCUUCUCGCUGGGCUCUGACGAGGCUACGUUUGGUCCAUCAUUGAACUCUGCAGUACACAACAAACUGGCCAUGUGUUGUGGCUUUACUCCUCUACUGAGCCCCCCCCCUCUCUUCUUCCAGCCUGCCACGUUACUCAGCCUGGGCCAGAUAUGACCUUGUUAGUCAUCCAGGACAAGGGUGGGCAACAUGCCUGGACUUCUUACUACCCAUUCCAACCAGUAAGGAUGUGAAACCGGGCGUGAAAAAACAGCGAAAGCUGGAGGCAUGAGGUCACCGAACCUUAAGAUGACAUCGUGAAAUGGUGAUGCUUGUUAUUUGUUCGCUAUCCAGACCGAGACUGGAUCUUUCUCUCUGCCCUUCCAGUCUCCCUCCAUUAUGGACUUUGUUACUGACCAACAGGAGGGCUUUUUUUCUAUUUUCCCCCCUUUUAAGCUUUUCACUUGUUUUUGGAGUUGCCUCUCUGAAACGAGAGCAACGAGGCUUGGUGUUUAAAAUAACUCCAGUAUGGAAACGAGACGCCACAUGUGACGUGUACACAUCAUCAGAAGCCAGCAGCACGACGACGAUGAGAGUGUGGAGGGAGCUUUUUUAUUCUCUCCUUUUUUUUCCUCCUGUCUUGUUUUAACAAACAAUCUCAUUUAGUUAAAUGUUCCAUUACAGCCGUCUGCUGUUGGUCCUUUCUUCAACUCUUCCUUCCGACUGUGGUGGUAAAGGAUAUUUUUUCGGAGAGGGAGAGCGAGCGAGCGAGCGAGCGAGCGAGGGAGGACGAAACCGUGAUUUGGAACACUGAUACAUCUCACAUGAACGCACAAUCUGAAGUGUGUGAGGAGGAGGAGGGAGAGUGAACGGAAGAGACGUUAACGAAGCAGAAGUGACUGCACGACUGAUAUUCAGAGGAUGUUUUUGGAUUUUUAAAUGUCUGAGCCAAAACCCGAAGCUUGAGAUUUUUAGAGCAUGGAUCAGGAGUAGAGUCGAGGCUUCCUUCCUUCCCCUUACCCCCCACCCCUCCAACGUGCAUGCAUUUUUGUCCGGAUGCAUGCUCCUUCUGUACAGCACUGAAAUACAGACCCCAGCCCAACAAACAUGGAAGGACUGUCUACCUUUUGCAGAUGUGCAGACUCUGGAUAAAAACACACUAUAUCCAAACAAACACUCGUACCAGCUCCUAUGUCACCCACUGCUAAAAAAAAAAAUAAAGCCCCCAGUAUAAUCUAUCUACUAAAACAGACAGAUGCCAUACCCUGGAAAAGAAACUCUGGAGGUUUGACUCGAUGACUAACUUUAUGUUCAUUAUAUUUUGUCUGAUCUACAUUAUCGUGCUCCGUCUUACGUUGCCGUCGGUUAUUUGUUAGACCAAAGCAAACAGCUUCAUGUAGCCAGCCAACCAGGCAGAUGGUGUCUGGAGACGCCAUUUUUGCUCUGUAAAGCCUCAGUUCUGUUUGUUAAAAGCUGUUUGUAUAAUAUGCAUCUGGGUCUAUGCACCUUGUGAAGCGGGUUUGUUGCUAUUUUUUAAUGGUUUAUUUUUCUAGUCUUGGUUCAGGUUUUAUUGUACCUCUUUCUUCCAGAACUACAGAAACCAUAAACGUUAAAAGUUACUUGAUGAAGAUAAACUCAGGUCCAGAUUCACUAAGACUGCAUCUACUAGCUCCAGUACUCCUCUGUUACUUUGAUGUAUCAAUUGUUUCCUCUAUAAAAUGUCCAUCUUGUUUUCCUGGAGUCCUGCGUGACAUCAUCAAAUAUCUUGUUUUAACAGUCUAAACCCCCAAAAUAUUCAGUUUACAAGGAUAUAAAGGAAAUAAAUUUGAGAUUUGGUAUCUUUACUUAACAAUUCAUUGAUGAUCAAAAUAGUUGUUUUGACUGACUAAUCGAUUAAUUGAUGAAUCGACUGGUUGUAAUUUGAUUUCAGGUCCUUGAAAGGAGCUCUGAGCAAGCAAACAACCGUCUUUAUUGCAAAUUUCAGGCACUCAAGUUUUUUUACUGGAGGACUAAUCCAUUAAGUCCUGCGUCUUAUCCAUAAAUCUCCUUUUUUACAAUCGCAACGUUCACCAAGUGAUCGGUCUCAAGUUUCCAGGACAGAAAACCUUCUCUAAUUACAGAAAAAAUGUCCUCUACAUGUGCAGAAGUAUUUUGUAGCUGUAAUUAUGUUAUGAUCAGAUAUACAUACAGGUACAAGUACAUGAUUGGCUUUAAUCUGCAGUUGUUGUCUGUGCAAACGUUUGGUGAAUCUGGAUCUGUGUUAUUUUAACUGCAGGGUGUCAUGACGACAUCGAAGGAAUUUACUCAUCUAGUGUCAAAUGCACUUUUUUUUUUUUUUUUGCAGGUUUUUUUUUGCAGGUUUUUUUUUUUUGCAUCUCAUUUUCUCUUCACUGUUCACAGAAGGUUUUUACUUUUGGUUUGACAUUCUGGUUAGAAGGGAGCAUUCACCUGUUGACCUUGGGGGGAAAAUGCACCAAGCCUUGUUGUCUGUACGGGACGCUACAUGUCUGCUGUUCUGGUACUGAAAAGGGGUUUUUAUUUUUUUUUUAUGAGCACUGAGUGUAUUUAGGGCUAUUUAAAGGUUGACAGGGUGUUUUCACCUUUUUAAUGAAAUCUAAUUAGUUAGCUGCCCCAGUUAAUUACAGCCGUGUGUGUCAGGUGUCGGCCUUAGUGUGUCGAGCUUAAAAGCAAAAAGCAAACUAGAGAAUAUCAGAAAAUAAACUGUUCACUAUGCAAACAGUCAAGAUCAUGUGAACAGUGUUGAGUAACUCUUUGUUGGAAUAAAAUAACAAAGCUAAGUGCAACUUUCAAAUUUUCAUAGUUAACAAUUUACCACACAGGUGCUUUGGUAGAAUUAACACAUUUUACUGCUGAAACAUGUAACAGAGUUUCUGCAACCCGACAUUUCAUGUUAUCAAUUCCUUCUGAAACCCAAAAUUCAAAAUGUGUCAACUCUGUCCGGCAUGGAGCGUUUAUAUUUAAAGAGUUUGUGUCUUCUCAAAUUAUCAAAUGAACAGAAACAUUCUCAUGUGUGAAGUUGCAUCAAGUCCUUUUAACAACACUUUGGAAAAAAAGAAGCCAAAUCUGUCCAUCCUGCAGUAUUUUUAAAUCAGACUUUUUUUUUUUUUUUUUUUUUUUUUUGCAAAGGA